UCUUUGUCCUGAGUUUGAAGGAUUGAAACCCCAAGAUGGGGUGGAUCUGUGCCUUUCCCAGGGAACAUGCAUGACCCCUCCCCUCCCCCAACGUUAAGCCCUCGGCCUGUUUCUCUCUUUCACCUUCUCCCUGGAACACACACAUUCACUCCCACGGCUGGUAUCACAUCUUAACCCUGCUGGCGUGGGCUCUCGUGUCUCCAGACCAGCCCCAAGGUUCCUUCUGGGUGUCCCCAGGCAGAGUCAUCUUUCUGGGCUCCCCCAAGAGUGAACAAAGCAAAAGCAGGUUUCCAUUUCCUUCCUGCCUCGUGGAGCUGACAGGCUAGGAGGAGAGAGGGACCGUGAACAUGUAACAAGUCAUCCAGAUAAUAUCAGGGAAUGGCAAGCACUGAGACAAUGAAAGUUGUGACGCAGGGGAGAGGGAGGGAGAGAGAGGGCCCGGUGGCUUUAGAAAGGAGGCCAGGAGGCACCCUCAGAGGUCAGUUCUGCGCUAAUUUUAAAGAAGUGGGUUAUACAUGGGAAGCGCAUUCCAGGCAGAAGGCCCAGCCAGUGCAAAGGCCCUGAGGCAGGAUGGAGACUGGUUGGUUCUGAGGAACAGUGAAGAGACCCUGCCGCCUCGAGGAGGGCCAUGAAGGUACUGCUUCUCACCGGGCUGGGAGCCCUGUUCUUCUCCUACUAUUGGGAUGACAACUUUGACCCUGCCAGCCUGCAGGGGGCCCGCGUGCUGCUGACCGGGGCCAGUGCGGGCGUCGGGGAGGACCUGGCCUAUCACUACGCCCGCCUGGGCUCACACCUGGUGCUCACUGCCCACACGGAGGCCCUCCUGCAGAAGGUGGUAGGGAACUGCCGGAAGCUGGGCGCUCCCAAGGUCUUCUACAUCGCCGCGGACAUGGCCUCCCCCGAGGUGCCCGAGCGCGUGGUGCAGUUUGCGCUGGACAAGCUGGGAGGACUGGACUACCUCGUGCUCAACCAUCUCGGCGCCAACCCGGCAGGCACGCGGUCCGGGAGCGUCCAGGCGACACGCUGGCUCAUGCAGGUGAACUUCUUGAGUUACGUGCAACUGACUUCGUUGGCGCUGCCCAGCCUGACGGACAGCAAAGGCUCCCUGGUGGUCGUGUCCUCGCUGCUCGGCCAUGUACCCACGUCCUUCUCCAGCCCGUACUCGGCAGCCAAGUUCGCUCUGGACGGCUUCUUCGGCUCUCUGCGGCGGGAGCUAGACGUGCAGGACGUGAACGUGGCCAUCACCAUGUGUGUCCUGGGCCUCCGGGAUCGCGCCUCCACCGCCGAGGGAGUCAGGGGCAUCACGAGGGCCAAGGCAGCCCCAGGGCCCAAGGCAGCCCUGGCCGUGAUCCGCGGAGGUGCCACACGCGCCCCCGGCGUCUUCUACCCAUGGCGCUUGCACCUGCUCUGCCUGCUCCGGGGCUGGCUGCCGCACCCGAGGGCCUGGUUCGUCCGCCAGGAGUUCAACGUCACCGCUGCCGCUGCUGCCUGAGCUUCUGCGGGUAGUUACUCCUUCAUCUUCCCGAGGGGAGCCCUCCCUCCAGCCGCCCCGGAGCCGGACACCAACCGAGACACCUCGGAGAUGGUGGCCGUGGCUCCAGACAGAGUCAUUGAGAAAGAAAAGGAAAACCGAGAAAAACUACCAGCGCCUGGAAACAGUCACCGCUCCCCGCGUGCAGGUGCGGAUCGUGUCGGUGACGUGGACGGCAUUUCCUCAGUGUUCUGGGCCACCACCGACGGCCAGGUAGCUGCUGCUAUUUUGCAGACGAGAAAACUGAGGCUCAGAGAGGUGAUGUGACUUACCCCAGGGCCCUGGCCGAGUCAAACAGGGCACACCACCCCUGAGCCACUCUGGAAACCCUGUCCGUCUCCUACCUGGACCCACCGCAUCCCUGAUCUCUUCUUUCCACUCCGUUUUGGAGCAUUUCCCUGCCGUUGCCCCAGGAAAGGGGCAGCCUUGAAACUGUCCUCCUGCUGAUGGGUUCUGAGGCCGAGGAGGAGGGAAAGUAUGAGUUCUGGGCUGGACCCAGCUUCCUGUUUCAUUAUAAACAUCCUUCUACCCUUGCA